CACACACACACUCAUCUCCUUACACUUUCUCUUCUUCCAUGGCAGCAGCUUUCUACUAAAUGCUUUUGAACUCUCAUCUUCCAUGUGUUCACUAUUCAACCACCUCCAUUACUCAAAGUUCCAUCACCCAUUUCUCUCCUUUUCCUAUCACUCUCUAACACACACACACACACUCAAUUAAUAUUCCACAACCACAUGGACCAUCACCAACUACCAUUCAACAUAUCUUCAUUUCUUUACAUCUUUCUUGGAUUUCAUCUUUAAAGUUCACAUUUUUUUUUUCAUAUCUUAAAAUCCAAUCACAAGAUUCUUGAAAACAUUCCAACAUUUUCCCAAAUGAGUUCAUACCACUUCUUCCACAUCCUCUUUCUUUCAUGGGCUUUUUUAAUCUCAAAAACACAUGAAUCACAAACCACACAAUCCCAAACUCUUCUCCAAAUAAGAAAACAUCUUGAGUACCCAAUUCAGUUAACAAAUUGGGAAACUUUCACUGGUGACUUUUGCAAUCUCCCACCAAAUAUUCAUGUAACCAUCAAGUGUGAAGAUAACUUGGUCACUGAACUCAAAAUCAUGGGAGAUAAGCUUCCAAAGGUCAGUUUUUUUCAUGGGUUUGCACUUCAAAACCAAACAUUAUCCCAAUCUUUCUCACUUGAUUCCUUAAUAGUCACAUUGACAAGAUUGACUUCACUAAAGAUUCUUAGUUUAGUAUCUUUAGGAAUCUGGGGACAACUUCCUCACAAAAUCCACAGGCUCAGAUCACUUGAACUCUUGGACAUGAGUUCAAACUUCAUGUUUGGUUCUGUCCCAAAUGGGAUUUCAAGAUUACAAAAGCUUCAAACCUUAACACUAGAUAAAAACUACUUUAAUGAAUCCAUACCUGAUCACUUUAAUUCACUAUCCAACCUCACCAUUUUAAGCUUAAAAAACAACAAUUUAAAGGGUCAUUUCCCUUCUUCAAUUUCCAAACUCACAACACUCACAGAUUUAGCUCUCUCACACAACCAACUUUCUGGCGAAUUACCCGAUUUAACCACAUUAUCCAAUCUAAAGUUACUAGAUUUGAGAGAUAACAAUCUAGAUUCUGAACUUCCAAACUUACCCAAAAAAGUUACCACAGUUCUUUUAAGCAAUAACUCGUUUUCGGGCGACAUACCCGAACAAUUCGGGCAACUUAAUCAACUUCAUCACUUAGACAUUUCAUCGAACACCUUGUCGGGUACACCCCCAUCCGCUUUAUUCUUUUUACCAAACUUAACUUAUCUGAAUCUUGCAUCCAAUAUGUUAAGUGGGUCACUUCCUAACUCGAUCAAAUGUGGAAACAAGCUCGGUUUUGUCGAUAUUUCUAGCAAUCGGUUUACGGGUAGGCUUCCGUCUUGUUUAAGCGUAGUUUCUAGUAACAAACGAGUUGUGAAGUUUACUGGGAAUUGUUUACUUGUUGGUCACGCAAACAGUCAAGAAUCUGACUGUAAACAAAUGAUCAAGAAACCAUAUUGGGGUAAAGCUUUGUGGGUUCUAAUUGUGGUAAUUUGUUCGGCUAUAUGUUCGAUUUCGUUCGCAAUUGUUAUAUUAAUCUUUCGUAAACGACGUCGUUCGAGAGAGAUAGUUACUCUACAGCACACGGUACCAAAGGUUAGUGACGACAAUGCACCAAUGGAGAUUGCUUCUGACGCAAGGGUUGUUUCUGAAGCAUCGGAACCAGGUGGAACGCAGGUUUCGACAUCAUGUCGAGUGUUUUCCAUGGAAGAUUUAGUAGAGGCCACUAGCAACUUCGAUCAAUCGGUGUUUUUGGGUGAAGGAUCUAUUGGGAAGGUUUACAAAGGGAGACUAGAAAACGGAAGCUAUGUUGCUAUAAGAUCGCUUUCAUUGUUCAAAAAAUGCUCGAAACGAAACCUGAAAGUCCGGUUGGAUUUGAUUUCAAAGCUUCGGCACCCGCAUCUGGUUAGCUUCUUGGGUUAUUGCAUCGACGACAGUGGAGUAGAAGAUUCUACCUCUAGCAGAAUCUUCCUCGUGUAUGAAUACGUAUCUAAUGGAAAUUUUCGCGCUUUUCUCUCAGAGAAUGCUUCAGAAAGAGUACUUAAGUGGCCAGACCGACUAGCGGUUUUGAUAGGAGUUGCAAAAGCUGUACACUUUCUACACUCGGGAGUGAUCCCAGCUUCUUCUAGCAACCGUUUAAAGACAAACAACAUAUUGCUUGAUGAUUAUCGAAUCGCAAAGUUGAGUGAUUAUGGAAUGUCUGUCAUCACAGGAGAACUAGAAAAACUUGAGGCAAAGGGAGAUGGAUCUAAAUCAUGGCGUUUAAAGAAGCUAGCGGACGAUGUGUAUGAUUUUGGGUUCAUUUUGCUCGAAGCACUUGUGGGCCCGGUAGUAAGUGGCAAAGGCGAAGCGUUUUUGCUAAACGAAAUGACCUCUUUUGGAAGCCAAGAUGGGAGACAACGAAUUGUGGAUCCGAUCGUGUUGACAACAUGCUCUCAAGAGUCUUUAUCGAUUGUGAUAUCGAUCACAAACAAAUGUAUAUCGCCUGAACCAACAAACCGACCAUCUUUCGAGGAUGUGUUGUGGAACUUGCAGUAUGCUGCUCAAGUACAAACCACAGCCGAUCUUGACUUGAAAUCAGAUGGUGCAUCACUAUGUUAAUUGUUUAGUUUUUUAGUCAGUCUUGCUUCAUAUUCCAAAAUCAAUGUUAAUUUUUAUUUUUAGGGUGGUCAAGAAAAUGUUUUUAUAUA